AUGACACACUGGGAGAGCUACAUAGGCUCUUUCAAUCUCCCCUACUGCUUCACUGACCGAGGUGCAAUGUAUCUUCGUCUCAUUCAAAUGCGAUUGACAGAAAUCUCCUUGUUAAUCUGUUCCACCCUACUGCUUGUGAUCGCAGGAUUCACCGAGGCGACAGACAGGCCAUUGAUGCGAGCCGAGGAUUUAACCACCUGCAAACACGGCAAGCGCCAAUCUCCGAUUGACAUUGUCACCGAUGCCCUCAUCUUUGACCUGUCUCUGCAUCCCGUCAAACUGCACGGUGCGGACCAACAGCUCACGAUUUCAGUAGAAAACGCCGGCCACGACCUACUCUUCGCUGUAAUAUUUGGUGUCAUUACAUUCUCGGGGGGACCGCUGUCGUACACCUAUCGCUUGAGUGAAAUGCGACUUAAAUUUGGCUCCUCGUCUGAUCGUGGGUCAGAGCACCGAGUCAACUCUUUUGCCUACCCAGGCGAGCUACAGCUGUAUGCCUACAACAGCGAUUUGUACCAAAGUUUUGCGGAUGCUGUUGAUAGACCCAAUGGCAUUGCCGCCUUCUCCAGUAUGCUUCAGGAAGUCUUCACCACCUACAAAUUGCAGUACAUAGCACCACCACCACCACCACCACCACCACCACCACCACCACCACCACCACCACCACCACCACCACCACCACCACCACCACCACCACCACCACCACCACAAUUUGUUCCAAAGCCGCAAUUUUAA